AUGCCUGGAAGCGACACCGGCCUGGCUGUGGACAGGACUUACUCGGACCCGGAGAGGCACCAGCGCUCCAAGACCCGGGUGGAAAGACAUGACAUGAAUACUCUGAGCUUGCCACUUAACAUUCGCCGUGGGGGUUCAGACACCAACCUCAACUUUGAUGUACCUGAUGGGAUCUUAGAAUUUCACAAAGUCAAACUUAAUGCAGAUAGCCUGAAACAAAAAAUUUUGAAAGUUACAGAACAGAUCAAAAUUGAACAAACAGCCCGUGAUGGAAAUGUGGCUGAAUAUUUAAAACUGGUGAACAGUGCGGACAAGCAGCAGGCUGGACGAAUUAAACAAGUCUUUGAGAAGAAGAACCAGAAAUCUGCCCACUCCAUUGCCCAGCUACAGAAGAAAUUGGAACAGUAUCACCGAAAGCUCAAAGACAUUGAACAAAAUGGAUCUUCCAAAAGUUCCAAAGAUAUUUCGAAAGAUAACUUGAAGGAUAUCCAUCCCCCUUUAAAAGAUGUCCAUGGCAAAUCUCGUACCAGUGGCCAAGGUGCUGAGAGCAGCAAAUCGGGUGUGCCAGGUGUCUCCUUGACACCACCAGUGUUUGUUUUCAGCAAGUCGAGAGAGUUUGCAAACUUGAUCCGAAAUAAAUUUGGUAGUGCUGACAACAUUUCUCACCUGAAAAAUACCCUGGAUGAAUUUCGGCCAGAAACUAGUUCCAGGGCCUAUGGUGGCAGUGCUACUAUUGUGGCUAAACCAAAAUAUGUUAGUGAUGAUGAGUGCUCAAGUGGGACAUCUGGCUCUGCAGAUAGUAAUGGGAACCAUUCCUUUGGGCCUGGUGGGACAAACGCUCUGGACAGCCAAGCAAAGCUUUCCAUGAUCUUGGAGGAACUGAGAGAUAUAAAGGAGACACAGUCCCAAUUAGCUGAUGACAUAGAGAAUUUAAAAGCACAGUUUCAAAGAGACUAUGGUUUUAUUUCUCAGACAUUGCAGGAGGAAAGAUACAGGUAUGAACGAUUGGAAGACCAGCUAAACGAUCUGACAGAUCUUCAUCAGCAUGAGACUGCAAACCUGAAACAAGAGCUAGCCAGCAUAGAAGAAAGAGUGGCAUAUCAGGCCUGUGAACGGUCACGAGAUGUUCAGGAAGCCUUGGAAUCUUGCCAGACUCGGGUUUUUAAGCUGGAGUUCCAUCAGCAAGAACAGCAAGCGCUGCAGUCAGAAACUGUGAAUGCCAAAGUACUCCUAGGGAAAUGUAUAAAUGUAAUCUUGGCCUUCAUGACCGUCAUCUUAGUGUGCGUUUCUACCAUUGCAAAGUUUAUAGCUCCUAUGAUGAAGAGCCGUUUCCAUAUCAUCUGCACUUUUUUUGCAGUGACUCUACUUGCAAUAUUUUGUAAAAAUUGGGAUCACAUUAUCUGUGCCAUAGAAAGGAUGAUCCUACCAAGAUGA